GAUUAAUCCCUAACUCACUCCAGACCAGUUAGAAUUAGGGGGGCUGGAUCUUGAAGACUGUUUAAGAUAAACAGGUAAUAAUACAGUUCAAGCCACAACUUGUACGACUCAGAGCUCCUGAAGUUAAAUAAAUUGAACAUGGACAAACCGGUUUGUCUCAUUGACACGACGUCAGAUGGGAGGCUGUGUGUACAGGAGUCAGCGCUGCAGAUCCUGCAGAAGAUUGAGCAGCCGGUGGUGGUGGUCUCUGUGGUGGGUCUCUACCGCACCGGGAAGUCCUACCUGAUGAACCGUCUCGCUGGGAAACAAACAGGAUUUGCGUUGGGCAGCACAGUUGAGUCGAAGACGAAGGGCAUCUGGAUGUGGUGUGUGAACCAUCCAACUAAAGCAGGAACCACCCUGGUGCUGCUGGACACUGAAGGUCUUGGAGAUGUGGACAAGGGAGAUUCAAAGCAUGAUACCAAGAUCUUCUCUCUUGCCAUCCUUCUGAGCAGCACUCUAGUGCUGAAUAGCCAAGGGACGAUUGACAACAGGGCUAUUGAGGAACUGCAAUAUGUCACAGAAUUGACUGAGUAUAUCAAGAUCAAAUCAUCUGAUGAAGAUGAAGAUGGCUCAGAGUUUGUUAAGUUCUUUCCUAGUUUCAUCUGGGUUGUGAGGGACUUCACCCUGGAACAAAAAAUCAAUGGCAAAUACGUGACUGAAGACCAAUAUUUGGAAUUUGCCUUGAAGCUAAAACCAGGCACUUCCAGAACAGUACAAGAGUUCAACCUUCCACGGGAAUGUAUCCGAAAUUAUUUUCCUUCCCGAAAAUGUUUUACACUCCCAUUCCCAGCUAUACCAGAGAAAGUGUCUCGUCUGGACAGCUUGGACCCUGCUGACCUUUCCCCAGAUUUCCAGAAUGUCUCAAAUUGUUUCUGCAAGUUUAUCUUUGACAGAAGUGAAGUGAAAAAGCUGAAAGAUGGAUACACAGUCACAGGCAGAGUCUUGGGUCAGCUGGUCAAGACAUAUGUCGACACAAUCUCCAGUGGUGAAGUUCCAUUUCUGGAGAACGCUGUGGUUGCCAUGGCAACGAUUGAGAAUGAGGCUGCAGUGAAGGAGGGGCUUGAGGUGUACAAGAGUGGAAUGGAGAAGCUGAAGAAGUCCUUCCCUCUGGAACUGAAGAAUGUGUCCUCAGAACACCAACGUCUCAGUCUCUUGGCAACACAAACCUUCAUGAAGCGUUCCUUUAAGGACAGCGAGGGAACAUAUAUAAAAAGUCUCGAGGAACACAUUCAUAACCUAUUUCAUGGAUACCUGGGCCAAAAUGAGGAGGCAUCAAAGAAAAGAUGUGAGGAUCUCUUGUCAUCCCUCUCUGCAACAAUGACAGAAAAACUCAAGACAGGAUUUUAUGCCAAACCUGGUGGUUACGUUCUCUUCUCCCAGGACCUUGAAGACAUUAUAAAGAAAUACAAAUUCCAAGCAAAUAAAGAAGUCAAGGCAGAAGACACAGUUGAAAAGUUUCUGAAGAGGAAGUCUGUGGAAUCCAAAGCUAUUCUGCAGGCUGACAAAAAACUGACUGACAGGAGAAAAAGAUUAUGGAAUUCUUCUCCUCUUCUUUCAGAGGAAAGAGAGAAGGCUGUUCUUCUGGCUCAGGAGAUAAACACCAAAGAAAAAAAGCAGCAACUUCUAGAAGAGGAGAUGGAAGCUCAGAGACACAGUAAUGAAGAGAGUAUAAAGGAAGAUGAUGAAGAAGAUGGAUGA